UCUUUGUUAGCCUUUGUGCUGCGAAGACUGUAUUAUAUACAUAUCUACUUAUACAUAUAUAGUUCAUAUUAUUGAACUUCACAGCAUCACAGCAUACAAAAGGUUGCAGAUUGAGAAUCUCAGUUCGACUAGUGACUAUAUUUACUGCUGGAUCGUGCAUAUUGUUCCAAGUGAAUGCACUCACCCAUACAUACGUAUACAUAUAGAAUGAUUCACUUCGUUUGAAAGUUUAUUGUUUAUUUAGUUUAUUAUUUUCACAUCAUGAAUCAAAAACAUCGAAAUACAAUAGAUUCACGUUGCAAAGAUAUAGUACCUAGAAUAAAUUUAGUUGCAUUGUGGCCAAAGUUAUUGGAGAACAAAAUUUUUAAUAGAGACGAUGUAAAUGUGCCACGAUGGAAGGCAAAUCUCACGGAUAAAGCAACUGUACGAGAUGUGUAUUUGACAAUUAAAACACGAGGACCACAUGCGUUCGAUCGUUUUGUCAAAAGUCUGAGACAAAGUGGACACGAAAGUCUAGCCGACAUUUUAGAAGGAAAAGAAAUUACAUUUUCGGACAAUGAAACUGAAACGACUGUUGGUCAGAAUAACGUCGUAAAUAAUGAUACUACCAAAGAAAGAAAUUGUAGUCCAACUAUGGAAGAGGGACAAGACAACUUCUUCCAUUACAUGCAGCAGUCAGAGGUGCCUCUACAAAUUCAGGUACGAAAGGCUAUCAAAUUUUUAGAUGGACCCGUCUAUGAAAAUGUUAACAGAUACCCAAUGCGAAGUAAUCCCCGUGGAUUGGUCCUAAUAGUUACAAAUAUUCAGUAUAAAUAUUCGGAUGGAGAACCUAGAAGUUCAGCAGCUCGCGACGAAGAAAACAUAAAGGAUCUUUUCAAUCAAAUGGGUUUUCAAGUUAUAUCUUAUAAUGAUUUAACAGGAGAGCAAUUAGUGGAAAAAGUAAAACAAUUUUCUCAACACAAAGAUUUACGAAAAGUUGAUUCCUGCUUUGUUAUCAUCGGUAGUCAUGGUAAUAUAAGUACACAGUACGAGGUCACUGAAAUAGAAGGUGUGGAAUACAAUUCUACGAGUGAAACACAAACAUCCAGAAAUGUUUUAUGCAGGGAUCUUUUAGACUAUUUUACUGCAGAAGUUUGCCCUGAUCUUGCAGGAAAACCAAAGGUCUUUAUUUUUCAAUUAUGCAGAGGGAAAAAGGCACAGAAGUCGGUAAUAAAUCCGCGACAUACGACGGACAUAACCAGUAAUUUUCAAACAACUAACAAAAUGAUUGAUCCUAAGGUGAAUUAUAACAAGACAAUGAGAAAUUAUGAGGAUAUAUUAGUGGCUCAGGCUACUCUUCCAGGACACGUUGCUUUUCGAGAUAAAAUAACUGGUAGUUGGUUUAUACAAAUUUUAUGUGAAGUAUUUAUGAAUUAUGCAUAUAAAACUCACAUUCAAGACUUGCUAAACAUGGUCGAUGAACGAUUAAAAACACAAAGGUCAAUGAAGGACGAGUGUCAAACUUUGACAGUAACAUCGAUAGGAUUUAAUAAACAUUGUUACCUGAAUCCUGGCAUUUUCAAAGAAACAUAGUUGAAACAGCUUGUGAUAAAUAUUUUCGAAUAUAUUAUGUUUAUUUUGAUUUGCUAUGAAUCAU